AUGGUUUGCACUGUGUUGUACAAUGAUGGUAGUGAACGGAAAUAUCUUCCACAGUUUUUCAAGUUUGUUGUUGCGAAUCCGUUAUCUGUUAGGACAAAGGUCCGCAAUGUCAAGGAAACUAUCUGUUUAGAAGCUUGCAUAGAGAAUCAUACAAAAUCAAACCUUUUUGUGGACCAAGUUGAGUUUGAACCAGCUCCUCAUUGGAGUGCUACAAUACUAAAAGCUGAUGGACUCCUCCAUUCUGCAGUUAACUUUUCAGCUGGAGUGAUAAUUAAGCCGCCUAUCCUUGUUAGAUCUGGUGGGGGUAUUCACAAUUACCUUUAUCAAAUUAAAUUUUCGUCAUCUGGUACUGAACAAGUGAAGGCAAAGAGGAGUAAUAUCCUUGGUAAACUACAGAUAACAUGGCGCACAAAUUUGGGUGAACCUGGCGGCUUUCAAACACAACAAAUUCUUGGCACUGUAAGUUAA